AUGGAUCUCAGGAAACAGCAGAGACGGGAACUACUCUUUAAUGAGGUAGUGAUCAUGAGGGACUACCACCAUGAGAAUGUUGUGGACAUGUAUAAUAGUUAUCUGGUUGGAGAUGAACUGUGGGUGGUCAUGGAGUUCUUGGAAGGAGGAGCCCUGACGGACAUCGUCACCCACACCAGGAUGAAUGAGGAGCAGAUAGCCACUGUGUGUUUCUCCGUUCUGAAAGCAUUGUCAUAUCUGCAUAAUCAGGGAGUCAUUCACAGGGAUAUCAAAAGUGACUCGAUCCUGCUGACCAGCGACGGAAGAAUAAAGCUCUCUGAUUUUGGAUUUUGUGCACAAGUUUCUAAAGAGGUUCCUAAAAGAAAAUCCCUUGUUGGGACUCCUUACUGGAUGGCUCCAGAGGUCAUCUCCAGACUGCCAUAUGGAACAGAGGUGGAUAUUUGGUCUCUUGGAAUUAUGGUGAUAGAAAUGAUUGACGGAGAACCCCCAUAUUUUAAUGAACCGCCAUUGCAGGCAAUGCGUCGGAUACGAGAUAAUUUACCACCACGAGUUAAAGAUGUUCAUCAGGUUUCUUCAGUUUUGCGUGGAUUCCUAGACUUGAUGCUGGUGAGGGAGCCUUCCCAAAGAGCAACAGCACAAGACCUAUUGAGACAUCCAUUCAUGAACCUCUCAGGACCCCAGUCAUGUAUCAUCCCGCUAAUGAGGCAAUACCGGCACCACUGA